AUGCCCACCAUGUCCACCACCACCCCACCACCAGCCUCAACACCAAAAUACCACCCCCUCCUCUCCCCCAUUUCCUCCUCGUCCUCCCCGCCCAGCCCCAGCACCAAAACCAGCUGCAGCACCCCCUCCCCUCCCCCCCACUUCGCCGCCGCCUUCCCCCCCUCCAACCCCAGCUACAGCACCAAUCACCACGCCGCCGCCUUCGCCGACGUCGCCUCCGCCACCACAGUCGACCUCGAACUCGAGCCCUUCUCCGGCGCCGCCGCCGAACGCCCCGAUCUCCACCCCCACCCGCACCCUCCUUCCGCGUCCCUGGCCCGCCAGUACCACCGCCGCCAGCACCGGCGCCGCUACGUCAGCCCCGUCCACCGCUUCUGCCGCGUCUUUGCGCUCGUCGCCGUGUGGGGCAGCAUCGCCGUGUUGGCGGUCGCGCUGAUCCUGUUUACGAGUUAUAGGGCGAUGAUGGUGUUGAGCGGGAAGGGGGCGGGGGAGGGGGCUGGAGGGGGAGCUGGAUCGGGAGGGGGAGCGGGAGGUGGGCAUGGGGGUGGGGGAGGGGGGCGGCAUGGGGGUUGGUAUGGGGGGCAUUGGUAUGGUGGUGGGGGUGGGGGUGGUGAUGCUGGUGGUAGGGGUGGGGGGAGUUGGUUUGCGUUGAGUGGAUGA